AUGUGUUAUACCUAUCGCACCCUCGAGCCAAUGGACUCCAACAUCCAUUUGUCGACGUUCUCUCCUACUUUGGAGAAGUGUACCACCAGACCUGAGGUCCAGGUUCCGUCGGUCUACUGUCUUCGGCCCACUUCGUCCGAGACCACAGACAUUAUUGGAGACUCAGACGACGAUUCCUACCACGAGUAUUUCGAUGCUCUGAGCGACGAUGAGUAUGACUCGCCCAUCAAUAUAAUGGAAGAUGUUGAAGACCUUCCUCCCAUUGGAGACGAUUGGUCACAGGACGCUUGGCCCCAAGAUGACUGGGCCCAGAACGACAUCGACACCCCCACCGAGGAAGACGCUUCCCAGACCGACACGAUCGACACAUCAGAACAUAACGAUCAUCCAUUCGCUGGCUGGCACUCACAACGCCUGGUUAACAGCGACUGGGUCAACCACAGCUUCAUCGACAAGACCGACCACAUCGACACCUGGGCGCGUCGAUCGGCAUCCUCCUCUCUGGCCCGGUGCAACUGGGUGGCCUUUCCCGAGGACGGUUGGCCAAAGCCCGAGAACGAUUCUGUUUGGGGUGCCCCGGAGGCGCCGGAGCUGAGGCUUGUCACGCCGGAGGGCGAUGUUUGGUGGUUGGAUGACCCCGUCGACUACGAGGCCUUGCCGUGGGAGAGAGAGGUUGCGGAGGAGCGAAACAGGAUGCUGAGUGCCAUUUGGUAA